GUCGGUGUAAAUGUAAUGGCUAAAGUGUUAUGCACCAGACAUUUUAACAAGAUAAACAAUUUGGCAGUCAUCAGCAUGAUAUAUCAACCUUCGGUCUCCAAUAUUGAUAUGCAUUUUCACUUCUGGCACACAAUUUUACCAGGAUUCAUGGAUACAAUAUUAAUCAGUUUAUUCAUCUGCAUACUGCUACUCUUUACUCUACGUUUCUUUGGGAGAAGAAUAAGCAAAGCUCCUCAAAAACUUCCACCAGGACCCUAUCCCUUGCCCAUCAUUGGAAAUGUACACAAACUAGGCAAGCUCCCUCAUAAGUCCUUAAACGCCCUUGCUCAAGUUUACGGUCCCAUCAUGCGUCUCAAUUUAGGCCGUGUAACCACCAUAGUCAUUUCUUCAUCAAGUGCAGCUCAAGAAGUCCUCCAAAAGCAAGAUUUGGCCUUCUCUAAUCGUCCUGUUCCGGAUGCUCUACGCGGUUGCGACCAUGAUAAAUACUCAGUAACGUUCUUGUCUGUUGGUAGUCAGUGGAGAAGUUUAAGAAAAAUUAUGAGCUCAUCUAUACUGACAGCUAACAAGCUCGAUGCAAGUAAGCAUAUACGAAGUAGGAAGGUGCAUGAGCUUAUUGGGUACUGUAAGGAGUGUAGCCAGAGUGGUGAGGCCGUAGAUAUUGGUCGUGCUGUAUUUCUAACUUUGCUGAAUCUUUUGUCCAACACCAUAUUUUCAAAGGAUAUGAUAGAUUUGUAUCAGAAUUCAGGGGAGGGUAAAAACUUCAGGGAGUUGGUGUGGAACUUGAUGGUUGAGGGGGGUAAGCCUAAUUUGGUAGAUUACUUUCCAAUUCUUAAGUGGAUUGAUCCGCAGGGUAUAAAGCGGCGAUUUACUGGUUCUUGUGAGAAGCUACUCGAGUUGUUUGAUGGUUUGAUAAUUGAGCGCUUGGAGUUGAAGAGAUCGGAAAAUUCCAGUGAGAAUAGUACAACAGAUAUUCUUGAUGAACUGUUAACAAUAUUACAAACAAAUGAGAUCGACAAAACUCAAAUCCAACACCUGUUUGUGGACUUGUUUGCUGCAGGAACAGAUACAACUUCAGGUACAGUCGAAUGGGCCAUGGCUGAGAUAUUAAAAAAUCCAGAUGCAAUAUUACUGAAGGCGAAAGCUGAGCUGAACGAAGUGGUCGGGAAGGGAAAGAUUGUAAAAGAAGAGGACAUAUCUAGGUUGCCUUAUUUGCAAUGUAUUGUGAAAGAGACUGCAAGAUUACAUCCACCGGCUCCUUUCUUAAUACCUCGCCAAGUACAAGAAGAAGUUCACCUCUGUGGCUACAUUAUUCCCAAGAAUUCGCAAGUUCUAGUCAAUGCAUGGACUAUAGGACGUGAUCCCCUGAUAUGGAAAAAUCCCUUGUCAUUCCAACCAGAGAGGUUCCUGAACUCUGAAGUUGAUGUGAAUGGCCAUCAUUACGAGCUAAUUCCAUUUGGUGCAGGUCGAAGGAAAUGUCCAGGAUUGCCAUUGGCCGUGAGGAUGGUGCCAGUGUUGUUGGGCUCCCUCAUAAAUUGUUUUGACUGGAAACUUGAAGGUGGGAUUGCACCAAAGGAAUUGGACAUGGAGGAUAAGUUCGGGAUCACUGUAGCAAAGCUUCAUCCGCUUCGUGCUGUACCAACUCUAGUUCUGCCUAAUUAAUUUUAGGAUAUUAGAUAAUGAGAGUCGGCCGCCGUUCAUAACUAUCCUCCAUCCUUCACCGCCCCUUCUUCCAUCAAAUCCACAUCCAUCCCAUCCAUCCUCUCAUCCCGUUUCCUCCAUUUCUAAAUCUUUAAUCUAUAUUCUAAUAGUUUUCCUCUCAUCCCGUUUCCUCCAUUUCUAAAUCUUUAAUUUAUAUUCUAAUAGUUUUCAAUAUAAUCGAGAUCUAAAUCCCUUUCGGUGUGAUCUUGUUACCGUACCCAUCUUUUUGGGUUGUUGAUUGUCCCCAAUUUUUGGGUGUAUGUCUUGUUGCGUUUUUGAUUCGUUGUCAUGUUGCUUUAAGAAUGAUUUCUACGGUGUAUCGGGAAAUCUGAGCAACCCGCUUCAAAUCUGGAAUUGUGGUACUUAUCGCGAGAGCUCACUUCGCACAACAAAAGAUUGUUCAAUAUAUGGGGCAUUUGUACCCCCAACCUCAGUUGGUGUAACUGAUGGAUACGAACACUGGUCUAUCACCGGUUUUUUAAGUGCGCAGGUCAAUUGUGAUUCUACUAUUUUCAGUGAUGUUGGUGUCGACUGGAUUGCUCGAGAAACUUUUGUAAUCAUUUUUAUUAUCAAGAAUAUUUAUAUUCUAUC